CCACCACCACACUACGAAAACACUACGAAAACACUACGAAAACACCGCAAGCAGACCACAAGAUUUCAGGUCUAACAUGGAGCACCAAGAUAUUUCUCCCGCCAUUCUCUACUGGGGUACUCCGGUAGUUCUCAUCUCCAGCAAUAAUCCAGACGGAACCACCAACAUCGGUCCCAUGUCCUCGGCGUUCUGGCUCGGUCAUGGUGGCGUCCUCGGCCUCGACGCAUCGUCCCAAACGACCCAAAACAUCUUGCGCACUAAACAGUGCGUCCUGAAUCUCGCCUCCGACAACAUGGCCGACGCGAUCAACGCGCUUGCGGGGACUACAGGCACCGACCCUGUUCCCGAGGGCAAACGACCUCGUGGAUACCGCUUCGUCAAGGACAAGUUCGGCAUCGCGGGCUUGACGCCGCGCCCGUCCAAGAACGUCGCGUGUCCGGGGAUCAAAGAGUGUCCCGUCAUCAUGGAAGCCGAGCUGGUCACCUCCCACAAGAUGUUCGGAGGUAGACCCGCCGAGGGUCUCAUCCUCCUGGUCGAGGUCAGGAUCCUCCGGGUCAGCAUCCACGAGAACCUGAGGAUGGAAGGUCAUCGCAAUCGGGUCGACGCUGACAAGUGGAAGCCCAUGAUCAUGAUGUUUUGCGACCUGUACGGCUUGAAGCAAGGAAAAAUCGAGCAUUCGAACCUGGCCGACAUUGAAGAGGAAAUGUAUCGUCCUUUGUCCGACCUUUCGGGAAAAGUCAAGGACGUUCAUGGCGAUGACGAAGACGACGUGGUGAAGGAUGACGCCGCCGAACAUGUUAUUGGACUGGUCGCUUCUAACAAUCAGUAAAGCAGUCAGUCUCCUCACGUAUAUAUCAGGUGAGAGUUGGACAAUUCAAGAAGGGCAAGUCGGAGAAGAAUGAUAGGUUGAGAUAAAGAGAAAGACCGAUGGUGUAGAAGGUGUUUGUCAUUCGUUUGAUCAGCUAGUCUUGUGAGAUUUGAAUCACUACCAUACAAUUGUUUUG